AUGCGACGCCACGCCACGACGAUGAUAGCCGCCGUGCUCUGCCUGCUCCUCUUCUCCGGCCGCCUCGCCGCGGCGGAGAAGUCCUUCGGCGGAGGUGGCGGUGGAGGCUACGGCGGGUUGGAGGCCGGUGGUGGCCAGCAGCCGCAGGCGGAGGCCACGGCCACGCCGCAGCCGGAGGUGGGUGGAGGCGCCGGUGGCUACUCCACCCGGAGCGAGGCGACGCCAUACACGCCUGCCGCUGAGGAGACGACGACGACCCCGGCGGGGGCUUCGUCAGGCGGCGAGGCUGCUGCUGCUGCUUCCGGCGGCGAAGCAUCCGCGGGUGGAGGCGGCUACUCCACCCCGAGCGAGGCGGCGCCAUCCACGCCUGCCGCUGAGGAGACGACCCCGGCGGCUUCGUCCGGCGGCGGGGGUGGUUACGGUGCACCCGCCGGCAAGGCUGGCGGUGGGCUGGACCCCGACGGCGACCCGGAGGUGGGUCUGAACGAGAAGGCGAUCAACGAGAUCGUGGACGAGCACAACCUGUUCCGCGCCAAGGAGAACGCAGGUUUGCCGCCGCUGGUGUGGAACGCGACGCUGGCCAAGUUCUCGCAGCAGUACGCGGAGACGUUAAAGGGCAACUGCCAGCAGAUCCACUCGUCGUCGCCGUACGGGGAGAACCUCAUGGAGGGCACGCCGGGGCUCACCUGGAAGAUCACCGUCGACGGCUGGAGCGAGGAGAAGAAGAACUACCACUACGACACCGACGCCUGCGACGCCGGCAAGAUGUGCGGCCACUACAAGGCCGUCGUCUGGAAGACCACCACCAGCGUCGGAUGCGGACGCAUCAAGUGCAACAGCGGCGACACCAUCAUCAUGUGCAGCUACUGGCCGCCGGGGAACUACGACGGUGUCAAGCCAUACUGA